AUGGCCUGCAUAACACGGGGCCAACGCGCCCUCCCAACAAAGCUCCAGUACCUAAACCGAAACCACCAACCCUCUAUCCUCCGCCAUCUCUCCACAACCCCCAAUCGGCGCAGCCAACCACCACCACCACCACCAACAACCGUGACAAUCCCCUCAAAAAGCGACCUCAACGCCCCAAUCAGCACCCUCCCAAUCGACCUAAUCACACCCGCACCAGUAUCGCCCACCGCAACCCUCGCCGACAAACUCAAACGCUAUGUCGAAUUCGGCCGCACAUACUUAACAUUCUACAAAACGGGCCUGAAAAACGUCUACCGAAACUACCGCGCCUCGCUCCCCCUGCGCUCCCAACUCGGUCUACCAGCCUACAUCCCCGUCUCACCACCGCGCAACAGCAAACCAUCCGCGCAAUCUCAAUAUGCCGAGCUCGGACUCGGACGAGGCCAAUUCCAACUCGUCCGCCGAUCCGCGCGCGACGUCCGCCGCAUGAUCCCCUUUACACUAAUCCUGAUUAUCUGCGGGGAAUUCACACCGUUAAUCAUCCCCAUUUUCGGCUCUGCCAUUACGCCUGCUACAUGUCGAGUUCCGUCGCAGGUGGAGAAGGAGCGCGUAGCGUUGUCUGCGAGGAAGAUUGCUGCGCUGCUGCUGAUGCAUUGGGGGGCUUUGACGCGGUAUGCGGAUGGGGGAUGGGUUGCUGGUGCGGAUGCGGCGGAGGUGCUUAGGGCCUGUGCUGUGUUUGGACUUGUUAAGAGUCAUGAGAAGACUGGUGGGGCGCUUUUGUGUGGAUUGAUUUAUCGGCCGAGAUUGGCGCGGUAUGUGCAGUAUUUGGAGAUUGAUGAUGGGAUGAUUCGUGCUGGCGGUGUUGCUGGGAUGAAUGCUACGGAGGUGCGGAUUGCGGUUGAGGAGCGUGGGGGUGUGGAUGUUUCUGCGGGGUUGGAUCGGGGGAGAGCAGAGAAGGUUGAGAGACAGUGGUUGGAGAAGUGGCUUGCUGCGAGAAAGAGUGUAUAA